AGGCUCGCCCCCGGAAGCGUCCGUUCUCUCCGCACUUUAGACGGCGCGAUCUAGCAGGGGUCCCUAGAAUCUCGUAAAGAGUGAUCCCAGGACGCACGCGUUACGCGAUCGUCCCGUGAAAGUGAAUUUCUCCGACGGGCCCCCCGAAGCCGUCGAGUGGACCACGCUUAGUCGGUCGCUUUCGCUCGGAGUCUUCGGCCACGAAGGAGAGGAAGACAUCGCAAAACCACGGAGACCCAGGUGACAAUAGUUGGAGUGCGCCGUUGGGCAAGUCGAGGCGAAAUUCGGGACGUCCGUCGAGAACGCAGGCGGUACGGAAUGAAGUCGCCAACGGUUCUGCUGAUGCCGCUGGUCUCCUGCGUCCUGGCGCUGGCCAACGGCGAGUCCUUCCUGGAGCUGAUCCGCUCGCACGCGGAGACGACCGACAGGAUAAGGGCGGCCUCGACCCCGAAGAGCACCGUCUACGACUUCGUGAUCGUGGGAGCUGGUUCCGCGGGCUCGGCGCUGGCGAACCGGCUCUCCGAGAACCGGGACUGGAGGGUGCUCCUCCUGGAGGCGGGCCAGCCGGAGGGGAUCCUGAACCAGAUCCCGGUGUUCGUCGGUUACUUUCAGCUGACGAACUACAACUGGGGGUACAAGGUCGCCCCCCAGAAGAACGCCUGCCUGGGGAUGGAGAACCGGCAGUGCUCCUGGCCCCGAGGCAAAUCUCUGGGCGGGACCAGCACCCUGAACUACAUGAUCCACACCCGGGGGAACAAGCUGGACUACGACCAGUGGGCGGCUCUCGGGAACACGGGCUGGUCCUACGAGGACGUGCUGCCCUACUUCCGGAAGAGCGAGAGAUUCAACGUCUCAGGGAUCGACGACCCGGUCUACCACGGCGAGGACGGGCACGUCCACGUGGAGCACGUCCCGUACCACUCGGAACUGUCGACGGUGUUCCUGAAGGCCGGCCGUAGUCUGGGGUACAAGGUGGUGGACUACAACGCCAAGGAUCAGAUCGGCUUCUCCUACAUCCAGGUCAACAUGGACCAGGGCGCUCGCUGCAGCGCCUCCAAAGCGUACCUGAGGGUGACCAGGCCGAACCUGGACAUCGUCCCGGGGGCGAGGGUGACCAAGGUGCUGAUCGACUCGGAGAACCGCGCCUACGGCGUCGAGUACCACAAGGACAGGGAGCUGCGCAGAGUCCGGGCCUCGAAGGAGGUCGUCCUGUCGGCCGGUACCAUCGACUCGGCGAAGCUCCUCAUGCUGUCCGGCAUCGGGCCCGCCGACCAUCUGCUGGAGCUGGGCAUAACUCCUCUUCGGGACCUCAAGGUCGGCUACAACAUGUACGAGCACGUCGGCUUCCUCGGGCUGACCUUCAUGGUGAACCAGAGCGUGACGCUGCUGCAGACGAGGCUCGCCAGGCCGAGCUACGCCUUCCAGUACCUCCUGGACAGGAGCGGGCCCCUCUCCAUCCCGGGCGGAGCCGAGGCCCUGGCCUUCCUCAGGACCAAGUACGCCCUCGACGAGCGACCCGACAUCGAGCUGCUCUUCGUCUCCGGGUCCCUGCACUCCGACAACGGCGUCACCCUGAAGAGGGCCCUGCGGAUCACGGACGAGCUCUACGACGCCGUCUACAGGCCCAUCGAGAAUCGGGACGCUUGGUCCAUCUGGCCCAUCUUACAGAAUCCCAGGAGCGUCGGCAGGCUCCGUCUCAAGUCGAAGAACCCCUUCCACUGGCCCGUCCUGGAACCGAACUUCUUCUCGCAUCCCGCGGACCUGGAGAUCCUCCUCGAGGGCGUCAAGCACGCCGUCAACGUCUCCUUGACGGAGCCUUUCCAGGCCUACGGCAGCAGACUCCACGGCGCCAAGAUCCCCGGAUGCAAGGACCUGGAGUUCGCCUCCGACGACUACUGGAGGUGCGCCAUUCGGCACCUGCCCUCCAUGAUGAACCACGAGAUCGGCACCGUGAAGAUGGGCCCCGCAUCGGAUCCGGACGCCGUCGUCGAUCCCGAACUGAAGGUCCACGGGGUCCGGGGCUUGAGGGUCGCCGACGCCUCCGUCAUGCCCACCAUGCCCACCGGUCACGUCAAUGCCGGCAUUUACAUGAUCGGGGAAAAGGCGGCGGACCUUAUCAAGAGGGAAUGGAGGAGUCCCUUGUAAACCGAGCCGCGGGACAUCUUUGGGGCGAAUCGUCUCUCGAGAGUUGGAGAAAUUCCUGAUCAAAGUUCCGCCUCGGGUCCUGGCUUCGUUGAAUCGGAGACGAGGAAGGGAAAAGUGAUCCGGGGUGAGUUCCGCGAUUGGAACUCGAAAAUUGGAUCGGGCCCCAAAUUCUGCCAGAAAACAGGACUCACCUCGAGGACUGGUAGAAGAAAUCCCCGAAGAAAAAUCAUGGUUUUCCGAAUCCAUCCAGACCUGCCGAUCUCUAGACAUAAUUAACAAACUCCAAAUGAAUGAGAAAAAUUCUCGGUACGUAUCGAACUGGAAGAGUCCCUUGCACACGCCGUGCCGGAAAUCUCGAUGACGAGUCAAGUUGGAGCUCUAAAGAUAGACCCUGCCACGGAUCCUGAUUCCAACGACCGUUACGAGC